AUGAGCAACCCGCUCCCCGACCCCGCAUUCCGCGAGCAGGACGAGGAGGGGGAGGAGGAGGAGGGCGGGUGGGGCGCUCUCAUGAAAGAAGGAGCAGCAGCAGCAGCAGCUGGUGAUAGUGACGGUGAAGGUGCUGAGGGUGCUGGUGGUGGUGGUGCUGUUGGUGCCGGCACUGGUGGUGCGGAUAUCGGUGCUGCUGCUGCUGCUGCUGCUGCUGCUGCUGCUGCUGCUGCUGCUGCUGCUGCUGCUGCUGCUGCUGCUGCUGCUGCUGCUGCUGCUGCUGCUGCUGCUGCUGCUGCUGCUGCUGCUGCUGCUGCUGCUGCUGCUGCUGCUGCUAGUGCAAGCAGGCCCGUUACCGACUCGUUAUCAGCCGACUCAAUACCAGCAGAGUCCAACGCAACUUUCCUGCGCCUGUUACAGCAGCAGGGCGACUACGCAUGCGCACUGUGGGUGCGCAACGUGUGCUACGCCUUCAACCCCCUCUUCCACUCCGUGCCCGUCGCCAACCACGAGAUUGAAAAGAUCAUGCUGCGCGAGCGAAUCACGGACCGCCACGUGGGCGUGUGGUUCUGGAAGGACCCCAGAUACGACCUGUCCCGAUUGAACCUCUCUGAAAACAUCUGCACGGGGAAAGCUGCUCUCCCGCCGCUUAAAAAGGAGCACUUUUCGAGUGCGGACAUACGGGAUGUGCCGGAGCUGAGUGGGCGCGUGGGACCGUUUGUGCAUGCGAGUGAUGCUGAGCUGUUUUUCCUGCACGGCCGCCCGCCUGCUGACCCCGUCCCUGCUGCUGCUGACACCAGCACCAGCGCCAGCACGACUACUAGCAGCAGCAGCAGCAGUGCUUUCUCGGGUAGUGUGUUCACCACUAGCAACGCGUCGUUUGCCAUCUCAGCCCAGCGGCCAGAGCAGUGGCGGGGCGUGGGUGUGGUGUCGCUGCGGGACGGCCACCUGGGGCACUUCGUGGAGUUCAUAGGCGCCAUGACUGAGUUAGCUAGGCACCUGCCCACUGGCAAGAGGGUUAGGGGGGUGCCGGGACCACAAGUGGCAGCGGCAGGCACGGAAGUGCCAGGCAGGGAGGGGGCAUUUUGGGGAGGGACGGCUGCUGAUGCUGCUGCUGCUGGUGGUGACAGUGCGGAUAGUGGCGCUGGUGCUGCUGAUGGUGGCGGUGCUGCCGAUGCGGCUGCCGCUGGUGGGGAUGGUGGAAAGGAGGGGGAGAGGGUUGACGUGCAGCCAGUGCUCUUCUUCCCAAGCGGUGCGGGAAUAUCAAGGUGGGUGGCGGCAGCUGGCGCGGUUGCCAUGCGCGGCCCUCAAGCCAUGCGGGACUAUCAAGGCAUGAGAGCCCCCCAAGCCAUGCAGGAGCAUCAAGGCACGAAAGAUCACGCCGGCAUGCGAGGGCUGAAGGGCACGAGACAGCAGAAGAAGCAGGGGGGAGUAGAUGCAGACGCGUUUUUCCCGCUCUCCAUCGCCCACGCGCCCUCCUCCGCUGACCUCUUCCGCCUCUGGGUCGCGCAGGGCGCCGGGCUUGGCAAGACCCUUAAAGCCCAGCAGGCUGAUCCGAGGAUUUGGACGGAUGAGAUUGAACGGGAAAAGAAAGUUGAAAAGGGAGUGAGGAGCAAAGGGGGGGAUAAGAAAGAUGAGAGACAGGGGAAGAACAAUGGGGGGGUUGAGAAGAAAGUUGAGAAGGGAGGGAGCAGAAGUGGGGGGAGUGAGAAAAAAUCCAAGGCAAGUGUGAUUGGUCGGGUGGGAAGGAAUGGGACAGAUAGACACAGUGAAAGGGAUGGGGGAGGUGGAGAUGGUGGGUAUGGGGGGAAGAGGAGGAACGAGAGAAAGGAGGGUAAGGAGAGUAGGGAGGGUAAGGAGAGUAAGGAGGGCAAAGCAGUAAAUAAAGGGGGAGACCAGAAAAUCAGUCGGCAUGGCAAGGGAGGGGAGAAAAAGGGGUUUGUUUCAGGUGCUUCAGGUGCUUCAGGUGCUUCAGGUGCCAGAAGAGUCACGGCAAGCAGAGGCAGCGUGAAACCACACUCAAGCAGACACCUGCUGCAGCUGCAGGUGGAAGCGGGAAACCAGAGCAUAAAAAGCACAGAAUACCCUCCUCUCAGGCGUCUUACAGCGGAGCGGGCGGUUUUUGAGGCGCCUAAGGAAUUGCUGCAGCUGCAGGUGGAAGCGGGAAACCAGAGCAGUGGAGGCACGAACCACCCUCCUCUGAGGCGCCUAAAAUCGGAUGGAACAACAAGCGGGAGCAGCAGAGGGCUGCAGCAGCAGCUGCGGCAGCCGGGGCGUGGGGAGAGUGGGGGGCGGGGAGCGGGGAGGAGGGUGGCAUGGCAGAUAACGGUGGUGGAGCGCAGGGGCGUGCGCACAAUCAGCAACUUCCGCCCCAUGGUUGGGCUCCUCCGGACCGUCUUUCCCCGCCUGCCUGUGAAAGUCGUCUCCCUGGAGGUACACUCAACUGUCAACUCUCCUCUCCUCCCUUCCCUUCUCUUCUCUCCUCCCCUCUUUCCCCGCCUGCCUGUGAAAGUCGUCUCCCUGGAGGUACAUUCAACUGCCAACCCUCCUCUCCUCCCUUCCCUUCUCUUCUCUCCUCCCCUCUUUCCCCGCCUGCCUGUGAAAGUCGUCUCCCUGGAGGUACACUCAACUGUCAACUCUCCUCUCCUCCCUUCCCUUCUCUUCUCUCCUCCCCUCUUUCCCCGCCUGCCUGUGAAAGUCGUCUCCCUGGAGGUACACUCAACUGUCAACUCUCCUCUCCUCCCUUCCCUUCUCUUCUCUCCUCCCCUCUUUCCCCGCCUGCCUGUGAAACUCGUCUCCCUGGAGGCCAUGCCGUUCGCCGCCCAGGUGCGGGCGAUGCACCGGACGGCGCUGCUUGUCUCCAUGCACGGGGCGUCCAUGGCCAAUGUGGUGCUGCUGCAGAAAGGGGCGGCAGCACUUGAAAUCAUGCCGUACAUGUGGCACUAUGGCGCGUACAAGCGCAUCGCACUGCGGUGGGGAGUGCACUACUUCAUGUGGCGCAACGAGCAUCGCAACCUCUCCACCUACACCGACAACUGCCUCGACGCCAACGGCUUCAGCCAAUGGCAGCCCGCCAAGUGUCACACAGUCACGGCCUGCAGGGCGUGCAUUCGAGAUAAGGUGAUCCGCUUUGCUGGCUGCCAUGGAGGUGGUUGA